AUGACGUCUGGCAAUAGCGAAGAUCCGGACAUGGGUGGUGCGAACGGAGAUAGCGAACAUUCUACAGGGGCGGCGAACGAUGCUAUUCCUCGACCGAAGAGAAUUGCUUGCAUAUUAUGCCGGAAAAGAAAAUUAAAAUGCGACUCAAACAAACCCAGCUGUGGGACAUGUUCGCGUCUGAAUCACCAUUGCGAAUACUCUGAAGAACGGAAGAAGAGCGGCCCUAAGAGAGGCUAUGUCAAACUUUUGGAGGCACGACUCAAACAGGUUGAGAACUUGCUGGAGACAAGAGAUGCGACGAGCGAGCCCGCAGCCCGUCCGUCUCAGCCGACAACGGCAGCAGCGGACUCGUUUGCGCCGAUGCCGCCUCUGGAUAUCCCCGAUGUUCUCGAUAGCUCCAUGUCCGGAAUGAUGGCAGACAGCAGGUUUCCUGAUCCAAGCCUGGUCGGGAUGCCGGAUUACAGCAUGAACUCCAACGACGAUUUCUCCUGGGAGAUGAUAGGGCUUGGUCUUGAGGAAGCAUUGCCGUCCAGGGAGACGAUAGAUGAGAUGAAUGAGAUAUAUUUCGAGAAAAUCCAUCCCUCCUUGCCCAUGAUCCACAAAGGCCGGUUUCUUGCUUCAAUGGACCUCGCGCCUCAUAUGCGCCCAGCAGUGUGCCUGAGAUAUGCCAUGUGGACCCACGCCUGUGCUAUUACCUCAAAAUAUUCGGCUUACACCGAACACUUCUAUGCAAGGGCUCGCAAGUACGCCGAGAUGGACGAGAUGAGGGGCCACGGUGAAGGAAUGAUCACCAUUGCCCAUUCGCAAUGCUGGACGUUGCUUGCCUGUUACGAAUUUCGAGUCAUGUACUUCCCAAGGGCGUGGAUGAGCAUUGGAAGAGCCGCAAGACUGGCUCAAAUGAUGGGUCUGCAUCGACAGGAUCGUGUUGGUCUUGACGUGAAACAAACCUUACCGCCUCCUCGAGACUGGACAGAUCGCGAAGAACGACGGCGAACCUUCUGGAUGGCAUAUUGUCAAGACAGAUAUGCCAGCAUUGGGACUGGGUGGCCAAUGGUCAUUGAUGAGAGAGACAUCCUAACGAAUCUACCCGCUAGCGAAGAGGCCUUUAACAAGUGCCAACCCGAGCCGACGCUGCAAUUGUCCGACAUCUUGAACGGAGAUGGGGCGUCGUCGCUCUCUUCAUUUGGUGGUGUCAUUCUUUUGUCGACAAUAUUUGGGAGGAACCUGACUCACCUUCAUCGACCGUCGGAACAAGACAACGAUCAUGAUUUAAAUGGCGCGUUCUGGAAACGUCAUCGAUCUUUGGACAACAUCCUUCUCAAUACAUCUUUGUCCCUGCCUCCGCCUCUCCGCCUCCCAGCAGGUCUCAAUGAUCCGAACACCGUCUUCCUCAACAUGAAUGUCCAUACAGCUACUAUCUGUCUGCAUCAAGCAGCCAUUUUUAAAGCCGACAAAAAUCGACUUCCAGCUCAGAUCAGUGCUGAAUCCAAACGUCGCUGUAUUGUUGCAGCGGACCAAAUCACGAACAUUAUGAAAAUGAUCAGUCAUAUGGACAUGUCGAUGAUGAAUCCUUUCCUUGCUUUCUGUCUCUACGUCGCUUCGCGAGUGUUUGUGCAAUAUCUCAAAUCGAGACGAGAAGAUGCUGCAGUCAAAUCCUCCUUGCACUUUCUUCUUGCCGCGAUGCAAGUCCUGAAAACCAAGAAUCCGCUCACUGAGUCAUUCUUGGUGCAGCUCGAUGUUGAUCUUGAAGGCAGUGGUCUGGAUAUCCCUACCAGCUAUUCGCGAUGGAAAUUUGGGCACCGCCCACCAGGUGAAAGUCCUGCCAACACAGAUGCCCUGAAAUGUUCCCCACUUUUCGAAAUACGAGAGACCCAAGGUCAGGAAAUGACCGGAGCAGCCCAAGGGAUCAGUACAAAGGGAGUGCAUCCUCCCUGGCCCGGCGAUGGCAGUGUCCCUGCAGAGACUAGCAGCUAUCCAAGUUUGUAUGCGUCGGAAGGUUUUGGCACCAGCGUGCAAAUGCUGCAGAAGAACCCGUCCACAAGCGACGGUUUGGAUAAUGGUUAUGGCUUUCCCAUCCACUCCGUUGGAGCUGACACUUCACCUGACACUUCGCACAACGAUGGGACCGGUUCACGGUCGCAUUCUGGCCACCCAACGCCUUCAUCCCUCUCGAAUCCAAACUCGUCGCAUACGUCCUACACUUCGCCUCCGAACCAGUCCAGCAGCAGCGGAAACACCGCGGGCAGUGGCCAGGGGCAACCAUCACCGGGAUAUGCCUUUUCAGCUGGCAAUCACUCUUCCUGGAAUAUGAACAUUCCAACUCAAGCGGCACAGGAUACGCCACCGCAGCAAAUUGGUAUGAACUUCAGCUCCACCGGAAUGACACCAGGUCCGACAGGCCUGACACCUAUACCCGACUCCCUUUGGUCGACGGAAGGCGUGCCUGAGGGGAAUGAAUGGAUGUUUUCGUGGGCCGGUUCAACUCCCCAGCCACAAUGA